CCUCUUAGAAAAGCCCUCUUGCCCUAGCCCUCUCCACCUUCACAUUUUCUCACCAGCAGCCAUGAGUGUCAGGUUACAGAGCAGCAGCAAGACCACCAGGGUUAGCAGUGGAAGUGGUGUAGGUGCCUUUGGAGGUGGUAUCAGGAGAAGCUUCUCCAGCCAAUCCUAUACUGCACCCAGCAGCUCCAGGAUCAGCCAUGGUAUCCGCCGUUUCGGCUAUAGUGGAGGUGGUGGCUAUAUUGGAGGUGGGGGCUACAGUGGAGGCGCUGGCUUUAGCGGAGGUGCUGGCUUUAGCGGAGGUGCCGGCUAUAGCGGAGGUGCCGGCUAUAGCGGAGGUGGUGGCUAUAGCAGAGGUACUGGUUUUAGCAGAGGUACUGGCAUUAUUUCUAGUUCAGGCUUCAGCCUGGGCAGCAGUGCUGGAGGCUUCGGUGUAGGUUAUGGUGGAGGUCAUGGAUCUGGUUUAGGUGGCUAUAGUGGAGGGAUUGGUUCAGGUUUAGGUGGAGCAGGACCAGGAUCUGGAUUCGGACCUGGAGGAGGAGUUGGGGUUGGCUUCGGUGGACCUUUCAUGCAACUUCCUAUCACUGCUGUCACAGUCAAUCAAAGUCUACUUUCUCCCCUUUCUUUGGACAUCGACCCCAACAUCCAGCUCGUCCGCACACAAGAGAAAGAUGAGAUCAAGACUCUCAACAAUCGCUUCGCCUCUUUUAUUGACAAGGUGCGUACCCUGGAGCAACAUAACAAGAUGUUGGAGACCAAGUGGGAGCUUCUUCAGGAACAGACCACAUCACAUUCUAACAUUGAUGCCAUGUUCGAGAACUAUAUUUCCAACUUGCGCAGACAGCUGGAUGGCCUUGGAAAUGAAAAGAUCAAGCUGGAGGGGGAGCUGAAGAACAUGCAAGGCCUUGUGGAGGACUUCAAAAACAAGUAUGAAGAUGAAAUCAACAAGCGUGCAGUAGCAGAGAAUGAAUUUGUUGUUCUAAAGAAGGAUGUUGAUGGCGCCUACAUGACAAAGGUUGAGCUUGAAGCUAAAGUUGAUGCACUUCAGGAUGAGAUCAACUUCCUCAGAGCUGUGUAUGAUGCGGAGCUGCAGGAGCUUCAAGGACAGAUCAAGGACACAUCAGUUAUUGUUGAGAUGGACAACAGUCGUAGCCUGGACUUGGACGCCAUUGUGAGUGAAGUCCGUGCUCAGUUUGAGGAGAUUGCCAAUCGCAGUCGGGCUGAAGCUGAGACAUGGUACAAGCAGAAGUUUGAGGAGAUGCAGACAUCUACUAGCAGCUAUACUGAUGACGUUCGAAACACUAAGGCUGAGCUUGUAGAGCUUAACCGCAUGAUCACACGAAUCACAAAUGAAAUUGAGUCAGUCAAGGGACAGCGUGGCAACCUGGAGACACAGAUUGCUGAGGCUGAGCAGCAAGGUGAGCUGGCAGUAAAGGAUGCCAGUUUACGUAUUCAGGACCUAGAAGAUGCCCUGCACAAAGCUAAGCAGGACAUGGCCCACCAAGUGCGUGAAUACCAGGAGCUCAUGAAUGUCAAACUGGCCCUGGACAUUGAGAUCGCAACAUACAAAAAACUCCUGGAAGGAGAGGAGACUAGGAUUGCCUCUGGUGGUGGAACUGCAACAGUCCAUAUUCAGGAACUUGGCAGUGGCAGUGGCAGUGGAUCUGGAUUCGGCGGUGGCUUCAGCAGUGGAUUUGGCUAUGGUGGAAGUGGUGGCCUGAGUCUGGGUGGUGGUGGUGGUGGUGGUGUUGGUGGUGGAUUUGGGCAUGGUAUUGGCAGUGGUGGUAGUGGUGGAUUUGGGCAUGGUAUUGGCAGUGGUGGUAGUGGUGGAUUUGGGCUUGGUGGUGGUAGUGGUGGAUUUGGGUUUGGUGGUGGCAGUUAUGGUAGUGGUGGAUUUGGGCAGGGUAGUGUUUUGACCCUGACUGGCGGUGUUGGUGGUAGUUCUGGAUUCAGUUUGAGUGGUGGUAGUCAUGGAAUUUCCAUGUCACGUUCCUCUGGGGUAUCUUCCGCCUACCGGCACUAAGCAGCCAGUGUCCAUCUAAGACUACCUCCGGAUCCACCCAUUACUGAUUUACCCUAAGUAAUCACAGAAACAGAAACAAACUUCGUUUAAUUCACUACCCUUGUCUGUACCUUUACAACCACACAUCCCAUUGAUCAUGUUCAGCCCAUGCUGUAGGUAUUUAUAAAGCAUCUUCUGAGCUGUAUCAAAUAUGUUUACAUAUGUUUCACACAUAGUAUAUCAUAUCAUUGCACCAUCAGAACAGUGGAUGUUUUAUAUCUACAGGAUGAUAUGAUGAGGUCAUGUGUGCAAAAAAUAAAAACAAGAUAAAAAGA